CACUGCCCGGGGUGUCCAGUCUUGCGCUUGCUGGGCUCGCCCGCCUAGAAGGAGACGGUGAUCCCUGCCUGGCUUGGUUCUCACUGGCCGCUGCCUCGCUGGUUCAGCCCUUAGCUCAGGAGGCCCAUGACAACUCUGAACCCUGGCCAGGCUGAGCCCGGGCUCCCUCCAGGCUCAGGGGCCAGCAGCUGCCCUGGCCCUUUCCUCCUGCCCUGCUAGGACCCUGCAGGCUAGGGUGGGGGUGGGAGUGCAGCUCAGGGCCUGUCUGGAAGAGAGGGAUCCAGAGAUGAGGAUGGGAUGACAGGGAGACAGGCCCCAGCCCCCCCCCCAACCCCCCAAGGCGCUGCAGCUCCUUCAGGUCUCCCUCUCAUCAGCCCCUUCAGCUUCAGGAGCACAGGCAGGCCGUCCCCAAGGCCAUGGUCCUGGCCUGGCUGGGCCCUGCCCCCGCGUGGCCAGACCUAGAAGGAGAUCCGCUGGCCAGGCCUGUGGUGUCCCAGCGAGAGCUCAGACCCAGAGCCCGGAAGGAGGGAACAUCAGGGCAGGUCCCCCUGGGCCCCACUGUGUGUCCGCCCGCAGACACUUGGGGGACUUGGGGGGAACAGGUGUGGGAAGUGGGGGGCAGCUUUCAUUUCGUUGAUACUAAAAGGUGUCAGGGCAGUUUUCAAAGUGCGCCCAGCUCCCAGGAGACGCGUGGGCCAGGCCACCUGGGGGCUGCACCCGCCUCACCCCAGUGAGCACGGGCCUCAGGCCCGCAGACCGUGGAGGCGGAGAGCUGUGGGCCGCUGCGUGGAUGUGCCCUGCCCUCUGUGGCUUGCAAUCACUGUCGCUGGGUCAGGGGGAGGCAGAGAGGACUUUACCACGGACUCCCGCCUCACAGGAGCCGCCUCAGCCAGAGCGCUGCCUGCUCCCAGCCUCCAGGCUCCCAGCCAGCGGGGAGCACAGCCAGGGACCCAGGACCAGCCCUCCUGUGGGAAAGGGUCAGGUUUGGGGGAGCCAGCUCAGCAGGCCCUGCAGCUCUGCAGUGAGCAAGGUCAUGUCGAAACAAGUGAGGCCGGUCCCAACUGGGGUGGGGGGAGCCCGUGUGCACUGAAGCUGGAGUCCCCCCGCCCCCCGCCUUUGUGCUCCCCAAGCUCUGCCCCAGCGGUUUCUGGGCUCCCCGGGAUUCCAGGUCAAGAUUGCUCACCCCCUGAUUCCUGCUCAGAGAGGCCGAGUAGCUAAGAGAAUGAAAGCCCUUAGUUUUCACAUGGGCUCUCCUCUCAGACCCCAGCUGCCCCAGGGCCCCCUCCCACCACCAACACCACCACCACCAGCAGCAGCCCUCGCCCCCCGCGGGGCCACUAGAUCAGGCCGAGAUGCCGGCUUCCCCCCCCCCACCCCCCCGUGGGCACAUUCGCCUGCCCCAUCCCAGGUGGGCAUGCCAGCGGAUCUGAGCAGCAGGAAAGGCUGGAGCCCACCUGGGACUAGCCCCUUGGGGUCCCCCUGCGCAGAGGGGAGAGCGAGGUGGUCUGGGCCCCGCGGAGACUCUUCAGGGACUGGAUGCAGAGGCCUUGCCGCCCGACCUGCGGGGUGGACAGUGAGCAGGGAAGUUGGGUCUAGAAUGGGGGUGCGAUGGGGCACAGACCACCUACCACCGACGGGGCCGUUUCCUCCUCUUGGGGCGGCCCCACUGGCCCCCAGCGCCGGCCCAGCACCGGGCUCCCGUCCACCCCAGCUCACUUUCAAGGACAGGACACAGGGAGUUCCUUCCGGAGCCGGAGCCGCCGGUGGCAAGGCCGUUCCCGCGCUGCUCAGAGCGGAGGCCUCCCAGCGCCCGCACCCAUCCUGGUUCUGGAUGGGGUCGCCCACCCCGAGGGGGCUGGGGUGCUCCCGACCAGCACUUCCCAGGAAUGGGGGCCAUGUGGCCCAUUUCCAGCAAAGCUGCUCCUCCCGCGGAAGGACACUGUCCCAGGGAGACGGGCAGCCUCCUGGGCGCCGGGAUUUCUCCGCAGCUCCUGCCUUCUGGGUCCUGGCUGGGCCGUCGCUCAGGAGGGCACAUGCCUCACGCGCAUUUCAGGAGCUUUUUCUUUUUGUUCUGACUUUUAUUGAAGAGACGGAGAUACACAGGGGCCUGAACUGCCCCCGCCUGAGCCCGGAGGGAGCUGGCUCCUGGGAGAGGGGCAGGGACCCCCUGACGACCCCCUCCCACCAGUGGAGCGCACGUGGGCCGCCAUCAGGACUCGAGUGGCCGCCCCGCCGCACGGCUCCAGCAACGGCGCGCGGCAGCCUCCGCCGCGGGAGCAAUAAACGAAAUCGGUUUCCCACGCUUUCCUGCCCCGUCCAGGAACCUUGCAGAAUCUGCCUACAAAUUCUGUCCUUCAGUUUGCGUCGCCCCUGAGCUGGGCGGAGCUCACCCUGCACCCCAAACCGCCAGCACCUCCGGAGAGGGGACCCUCGCGCCCCCCGCACUCCCCGGCCGGCCAGGAGCUCCGUCCCCCAGCGCCCGGCCCUGCGGCGCCGCCUGCAGAGCUGAGCCCGCGGGGCUGGCACUGUGCGGGCUCCCCAUGCACCGGCCGCCCCUGUGGACGCUGCGCAGCCUCCCGCUCCCGGUUCGGGCUGCGGGCAGGGUCCUGGCAACAACGAAAGCCGCGAGCCGCGUGGCUUUCUGGGCGCCCGGUCCCGGGAGCCCCCGGUGGGAGCCCUUCCCUCCCGUCCCCAAAGGCCAGAGCCCGGAAACCAGACAGGCUGCUGGUCCCCCAGGAGACUCCCCAAUGGGCUCCCGCCCGCCCCAAUCCACACCUCGGUUUGCAAAGGCCCUUCCCUCCCUCUUCCCGGCCGCGGUCCCCGCCCCUCCCCAUGCCACCUUCCUAGUUUGGAAAGGAAAUGUCGCCUUCGGUCCUGAGGGCUGGAGACCCUGCAGAUAUGGCCCUGGCGGGAGCUGCGGCACAUUUUCUCCAGGCCUCGGUUCCCCGUCUGCGAAAUGGGCCAGACGACCAGUGCCCCUCGCAGGGUCUGGGUGAGGCUGGAGGAGGACCGAGGGUGGAAACCGCCAGGCAGCCCACCCUUUGGGGCUGAGCUUGAGCGGCCGGGCUCAGAGGGGGCACCAGACCCGAAGGGGUGCAGGCUGCUCUCAGGGACCGCUGCCCAUCCCUGUCCUUUGUGAGCCCCCCUCCCCAGAACUCCUCUCUCUGGGGUGAGGGGUGGGGGUGGGGGGAGGUCGAGGUCUAGCUCUGCCCUGGACGGUCUGCUUGCCCUGGGCUCCUCUCAGGUUCCUCCGGGCCGGAUGCAGGGGGGUUACCACACCAAGCUCCAACCACGGGGGUGGUCCACCCUGCGCCACAGCUCCCAGAGGGCAGAUGCUGGGGCUGCCAGGGAGGGAGGGCAGGACAGAGGCCCUGGUCCCAGGGAGCUCCUAGGAGGGAACACACCCCUCCCUCCUGCUCCCCACACUGCCUGCCUGCCGGGGACAUGGGACACGGGAUGUGGGUGUUCCUGGCUUUGGGGGCCUGUGUUUCCCAGCGAGUCUGGGCGACCUCAGGGCCUGACCUUGGAAGCCUGGGCUUCCUCAGCCUCCGGUAAGCUUUCCCCUGGAGCUGGGCUAUGGGGCGGGGCUGGGGGGCAGGAGGAGGGAGCACAGCGGAUGCAGCAAACCUCCCGGCUGCCCUCUGCUCCAGCAGGACAGGGAGGGGAGAGGGAGGGGGAUGGAGCCCACGGGGGCGGGGACUGCAGGGAAGCCCCCUCCCUCACUGGCUUUGCUGCCUAAUCAACCAGCCAUCUCCUGGCAGGUGGGGCGGGGAGACCAGAAAAGGGCAGAGACCUGGACACCACCCCCCCACUCCACUGAGUGACCCUAAGGUGAGGCCAUGUCCUCCAGGGGCGGGGCCUCUGGCCCCUGCAGAAAACUGGGCACCCAAUUGGUUCUGGCCUCAGGUUUGCCACCUGGAGGGGGGAGGGCGCUCCUGCAUCCCAGACCUGAGCCCCCAGUGAAGGAACCACAGCCGAGAGGCACGGACACACUGCCUGGCUUUGGGUCCCAAGCCCCUGCAGCCCAGGCAGGACAGAGACCUUCAUGAGGACAACUGUGGGCUGGUGACCAACAGGGCAGGUCUCAGCCCUGAACAGCCCCUCACUCUCCAAGAAUGACAGGAUGCUAAUGGAGUCAGAGCCCGGUGGGGGCAGCACUGGAGGGACUGCCUGGGCCCUGCUCCUGUUGCACAGGCCUUUCCAGACCCUGAUGAUGUGUCUGCCCCUCCCAGGGCAGC